GUGGGGAUAUUUAGCUGAUCUGAGCGGCUGUUGGGGGCAAUAUCAGUCACAUUAUGUCAAGACCGGGCUAUAGUUACACUCUCUCGGAGCACUAUGGCAGAAUUGCAGGUCAUCAGCAUAAGCCACUGCAAGACCUUGUGCGACACCACAUUGAGUCCUUUGAUUUCAUGUUGGAGAAGGGCAUCAGCUAUGCUGUCCAGGACCUGCCGACUAUGGAGAUGCUUGAUCCUCUGACAGGAAAAUCAGUUUUUUCAUUGAAGAUGCGUCUAUAGGUCACCCCACUAUUCCAGAGACCAACGUCUACUCGCGGUCAGUCAAGAUAUUCCCCGCAGAGUGUCGCGAGAGGUCCGCUACCUACAAGGCCAAACUGUCGCUCACUCUCAGCUGGAAGGUCGACGGAAGAAAUGCCGGCUCACUAGACAAAGUCGUGGGACAUGUCCCUAUCAUGGUCAAGAGCCGUCACUGCAGACUGGCCAACCUGACACCAGAAGAACUUGUCCGACACCAUGAGGAAGCAGAGGAAAUGGGAGGAUAUUUCGUUAUCAACGGGAACGAGAGGCUGAUUAGGAUGCUGAUAAUGCCAAGAAGAAAUUACCCGAUUGCCAUAUCUCGACCGUCGUGGAGGAACAGGGGAGCUCUCUACACCGAGUAUGGCGUCCAGAUACGAUGUGUGAGGAGAGACCAGAGCAGCUCUACUCUGACCCUGCACUAUCUAACCGAUGGAAGUAUCGUGACUCAGUUCUCCAAGAACAAGGAGAUGUUUUUUGUCCCUCUGGUCUACAUCUUGAAGGCUCUGCUGUCAACUACUGACCAACACAUCUUCAAGGAACUGAUGAAGAACAACACAAACAACACUUUCUUGAAAGGAUGUGUGACUGCCCAACUUCGGACGGCCAUGGAAGAUGGUCUGCUGAACCAGAAGACUGCCCUGGAGUUCAUAGGUCAAAGGUUCAGACUCAAGGCCGAGCUGCCCGACUGGGUCCCUGAUGACAUCAUCACUAAACAACUCCUCAAGGAAUUGGUGUUAGUUCACUUGGACCGGAACGUCGACAAGUUCAACCUACUGAUAUUCAUGGCGAGGAAACUGUAUGCCUUUGCCGGUGGGGAGUGCAUGGGAGAGUCACCUGACUCCCCCAUGCACCAGGAGAUCCUGCUGGGAGGCCAUUUCUACCUCAUGGUCCUCAAGGAAAAAAUGCUGGAGUUCCUGAGAAAUAUCAAAAUGGAGCUGGAGAGACUGGCAAAGCAGUCGGCUGACCUGUUUGACUCCACACUAGUGUCAUUGAUGCCAAAAGUCAUGAGGAAGACAGUGGACAUUGGACACGAGAUGGAGUACAUGUUAGCCACUGGAAACCUCCGAUCUCGUAGUGGCCUUGGUCUACAACAGGCUUAUAAAAGGCAAAGCUGACUGGCAGUAGAGCAAAAGCAGAGGAGAGAGCAACGAUCAAGCAAAGAAGAGGAAAGAGACAACCAGCAAGCCAGCAAGGAGAUAGACGACCAGCAAGGAGAGAGACGACCAGCAAGGAGAGAGACGACCAGCAAGGAGAGAGACGACCAGCAAGGAGAUAGACGACCAGCAAGGAGAGAGACGACCAGCAAGGAGAUAGACGACCAGCAAGGAGAUAGACGACCAGCAAGGAGAGAGACGACCAGCAAGGAGAGAGACCACCAGCAAGGAGAGAGACCACCAGCAAGGAGAGAGACAACCAGCAAGGAGAGAGAGAGACGAGGACCGGCAAGGAAGAAAAUGGAAGAUGACUACAUUAGCGUCAGAUUUGAGGAUAAUCAUUCAAAGAGG